CUCUCUCUCUCUCUCUCUCUGUUGCCCUCAUUCUUGCCAGCAGUUUUGCAGAUUAAUUGAAACUUCGAGAUGAAAUUCGUCCCUUAUUUUGACUCAGGAAGGGUGGUUUUCCUGAGGCCUGCAGAUUUGUAUUUUUUUUUAGUCCUGCAGGUAUAUAGACCAGCUUAGCAUUCGCAAUAAGACAGAAUCACAGGGGAGGAAUCCUUUUGCUCUUUCAAUACUUUAUUUUGAGCCCUGUCAGUAUUAUACCUGUAUCAAGAGUUGCUAUGGGAAGUAGCACAACGAAUGCUUUUUGCCUCUUAAUUGCCAUAUCCUGACAUUGGCUGCCCACAGGACACGAUGACGGAGCCCAUGCCAUACACAGAGGAGCUGAAGAACAUGAAGGAUGCUGAGGAGAUCACCCAGGCGUACCUCACCCUCAAGGAGACCAACAGAUCCCCCAAGUUUUUGCGUGAACCCAUCGAGGCGAAUGAUUUCAUGAGUAGGCUCAGAUCCCCUGCUCCAGACUACCACCAGCUGAAUGAGGACGGAGAGCUUUGGCUGGUUUAUGAAGGUUUAAAGGAGACCAACAGGCUGCUGGAGUCGCAGAUGCAGAGCCAGAGGAGGAGUCAUGACAAUUUGGUGGAGUCUCUGCGUGGGGAGCUGCAGAGCCUGAAGGAGGAGAACAACCGGCAGCAGCAGCUCCUGGCCCAGAACCUGCAGCUGCCCCCGGAGGCUCGCAUUGAGGCCAGCCUGCAGCACGAAAUCACACGCCUCACCAACGAGAACCUGGACAUGAAUGCCGAUGACCCAAGCAAAUAUCGGGAGUCCCGCCUCCUGGUUUUACGGCGAAUGAUUGUAUGUAGGGUUGACGAAGAGAUUACAGCACACGAGUGUGUGUGUGUGUGUGUGUGUGCACGGGUGUGUGUGUGUUUGCACAUGUGUGGGCGUUAACAGUACUGUAUCUGACAGAAGUAGGGACGGUCUAUCUAUCCAUCUGUUACUUGAGGAACUGGGAAUUACUA